AUGCCAAAAGUAGUGGUAAUCAGUGUAGCGGGUGCAUUUCGAAAGGGAAAAAGUUUUCUGCUAAACUUUUUUCUCGAAUAUUUGUACAAUUUGCACAAAUCUCAACAGAGUGAUAGUUCAUUGGAAUGGUUGACCGACGAUUGUCAACUUCAUGGAUUUCAUUGGAGAGCUGGUGUCAAGAGGGAUACUGUAGGAAUCUGGCUAUGGGGUGAGCCAAUAAUGAUCGAAUCGGUGACGGGAGAAAUGUUCGCUGUUUUAUUGAUGGACACACAAGGAACAUUCGACAACAAUUCAACAUAUCAACAGUGUAUGACGGUUUUUGCAUUAUCGACAAUUGUUAGUAGUGUACAGAUCUACAACGUAGUGGAUAACAUUCAAGAGGACGCACUUCAACAUCUUUCGCUUUUCGUGGAGUACGGUAGAAUGGCAAUGGAGCAACCGCACAAUUUUGGAAAACCGUUUCAGCAACUAGUCUUCUGCGUUCGCGAUUUCAAAAAUCAAGAAGAAUACGAGUUUGGAGAAAACGGAGGCACUGAUUUCCUGGAAAACGUUUUGCAAACAAAUCCAGAACAGCCUGAAGAGAUCAAAGUGGUCCGGGAGUUGUUGAGAGAGUAUUUCGAGGAUAUUCAGUGUUAUUUACUACCACAUCCAGGAUACAAAGUUGCAGAACGACAGAGUUUCAGAGGACAUGUUAAGGACCUCCGUCCCCUCUUCCGUGAAGAACUCAAAAAGAUGGUGCCCAACCUUCUGGGUCCACAUAACCUAAAACCCAAAAUCGUGAAUGGCAAAACCGUAACCUGUCGAAAAAUGAUGCAAUACUUCAAAGAGUACGCGGCUUCCUUUGAUGGAGAAACUCUUCCACAACCACAGAGUAUUCUGAACGCAAAUGCAAAACUAAUUUGCAUUGAAGCGGCACACGAAGCUAAGGUGAACUACUGUAGAGGAAUGGAUCGAUCUACGUAUGGAACUAGGAUGAUGUCGGAGAAGAAACUUCUCGAAGCACAUAUCAAACAUGGAAUCACUGCGUUGAAUAUUUAUGAUAAAUGCCCAAAAAUUGGAUCGAAUGAAGUAAGAAGGUUGUUGUUGGAGAAGUUGCAAGAGGAUAUUAAUGCCGAACUGGAGCGAUACAAAAGACUGAACGAAGCGAAACGAGUGACAGGAUGUGCGUCUGCAAUGUUGGCGUGUGGAGAUUCUGUAUUUUUGGGUAUCGGAUUGGGCAGCGCUGCUAGUGGAGCAAUUGCAGGUGCUGUUCUGACCCUUCAAGCUGGCGUCGUUAGUCUUGGAAUCGUCGCGAUUCCCAUUUCAUUGACAACACUUUUCUUUAUUUGGGCCUAUGUUUGGACGAAACCAUGUUUUGAAAGAAUUACCAAUAAGAAUAAAACUAGAUGA